UGAUAAAUUAGACCCUUAGGAACUUCCCUGGAAAAGACACCUAAGUAUCAGGCUUGCAGAAUCAUGGGGCCAGACUUUCAGGUUAGGAGAGGAGGCGUUGGUAGUUAGCUUACCUGAUCUCCAUGUAACUCUGGCAUGCUUGGUGGCUUCAAUAAAACUGUUGGAGCAUUAUAAAAAACCCAGAUGAGUCAACUGAUGUUUUCAUAGGAACAACAGAGCUGACUUGGGAUCUUCAGGGUCAGGUGUAAUGGGGGCUACAAAAGUACUUCUGGUCACAAGCUGUGUUGUCUUGUACCUCCAUCAGAUAGUGGCACUGAGUUCAGAAAAAUUCACAGUGACUGGACUGACUAGGCCAGUCUUAACUCCAUUAGGUGGAACCCUUGAACUCAGUUGUCAGUUGUCUCCACCACAACAAGCACAGCACAUGGAGAUUCGCUGGUUCAGAAACCAUUUUACACAGCCUGUGUACCUGUACAGGAAUGGUACAGACCUGCAUACAAAAACUAUUUCCAAGUAUGUGGAGAGGACAGAACUCCUGAAAGAUGCCAUUGGAGAAGGAAAAGUGACCCUCAGGAUCUUUAAUGUGACUGUUGAUGAUGAUGGGCCAUACCGCUGCUACUUCAAUGAUGAUAAAUUCUAUGAAGAGCACAUCACAGAGGUCAAGGUCACAGCCACAAGCUCAGACAUACAGAUUCUUAUGCAUUCCCCUAAUACCAAAGGUGUGAUGUUGGAGUGUCAUUCAGGAGGUUGGUUCCCACAGCCUAAUAUGGAAUGGAGAGACAGCAAAGGAGAGGUCAUUCCAGCAACAUCAAAAUCCCAUUCACGGGAUGGAAACAAACUGUUCAACAUGACAAUGGCUCUUUUUAUUGAAGCCAAUUCCCACAGGAAUGUCACUUGCUAUCUUCAAAAUCGUCUAACUCACCAAGAAGAAAGUAUAAUUAUCAUCCUAUCAGGUGAACUGUUUUCAUGGAGAAGUAUUUGGAUGUGGAUUCUGAGUAUAAUAGCACUUGUGCUGGUACCCUUCCUCUUGACUUCCUGUGUUCAGCAACGUCUCACAUGUGCUCUAAAUCUCAGAAGUACAACCAGUCCCUCUAAAUCACCUCCAAUGGAUGCAGUAUUUCCAUCACGUAGCUGCUCUGUGAUAAAUAGUCCUUGGAAAAAGAGUGCAAUUUUAUUCGUGAUUUCAAUGGUUGCAAUUAUAGGAGUCAUUCUCAUUUUGCAUCUAAAACCAAGAGUUCCAGUUUCAGAUCCACAUUUUGAAUUGGACACUUUAUGGUUGGAAGAUAUUAGUGUGAUCCUGUAUGUGAUGAUAGUGUUCAUCAUCAAGCUCGUUUCAAUUAUUUACUUCAGAUUGCAAGAUGAACACUCUGCUGGCCAUGGUGAUAAAGACCCCAUCCCAAAAACUGACACUCAAAAAAAUGAACAAAGUUCCCAAUGGCACCUGCUUCAAUGUAUCCAAUCAAGACAGCAUCCCAGAGAAGGAGAAAGAGGAGAGGGAGUGGGAGAGAGAAGGAGAAGAAGAAAAAGAAAAAGAAGAAGAAGCAGCCAAUAACUGGGGAGACAUCAAGACUUAACUCUCCCAGCUGAGAUUUUGGAGAAACAAUGAGGUCACAAGAAGACAGUUUUCCCUUUUCUUGGCCCUCUGUUAACUAUUCCUACAAUUCCCUUAUGCUUGCCUAUAUUAGUUAGACUAGCCACUAGGUAUCAUUGACCUCUACUACAGCCAUUAUUUUCUCUUUUAAAAAUUAAAAGGGGGGUGUAGGAGACAUGUAGGUACUUGUGUUCACAGAAAAGCACUAGGGAAAUCAGGAAUAUUAAAUACAUGAGGUUAUCUCUUCAAAGGAAGAUUUGUAUUACCUGUUUUCCACCCUGAAGGCUAGGAGAGAAGGUGAUUAAUAGCCUGGUGACUUCUGUGCUAUCUAUAUGGCCAGGCCACACCACUUCCUCACACUCUUGAGCCUGUUUAUCUCAAACAACUUCUAGCUCUGUCCUCCCCCAGACCCUUAUCAUGAGCUUUGUUUACCUUGUACCUACUUCCUUAGUUAAUAUAUAAGACCUAUGUUUAUGGAAGAUAUCACUUGUACUUUACAAGAAUUUUGAUGUAUAUGUCUUUAACUUUGUUUUGCAGAUGGGAUUGAGUUAAUUAACACCAAAAAUCAUUUUUCCAAA